AUGUCUUCUAAGGAGACAGUUGCAAUGGAUAUUCGAUCCCCUUCGUUUGAGUAUGAAGACUAUGACUCGGAUACUCAGAACCUUCUUAGUCACGAAAGGACUACGAAGCAACACAAACAGCAGCAGAAGAGAAACUGGGCUUUCCUGGCUGUGAAUACCUUCGUUUUAGUGCUGAACAUUGGACUGCUUCUCAUGAUUAGCACCCCCAGAGCAGUUACCAUGGCUGAAGACACUCCAUCUGUUCGGUUGCCACACGCAGAUUGGAUAGCACCUGCAGUGCAGUUACAACUUCAAACCUAUGAUGACAAGUUUGAAAUCCAUGGUCGAUACCGAGGGAAACCUCGGCCAGAAUUGGAGGCCGCUUGGGCUGAUUACGUGAGGAGAAACUUUAAUACUUCAACAGAUUACACUCUUCGCGUGCCAAAACCUGGCUGGACGAAAGCAACCCCGAACGCCAUCCUCACAGAAUUCCAAGAUGAACAAGGCGGAAUCAUGGGAACUUUCAGCUACAUACAUAACAUACAUUGCUUGAAAACUAUCCGACAGUGGAUGCUCCCUGAAUACUAUCCUGAAACAAGAGCACAAUUCCCGCCGACCCCAGAGACACCAAUUCCUCGACACAUUGAUCAUUGCAUCGACAUGCUUCGCCAAUCAGAGCUCUGCCACGCUGAUAUGACGCUUCUGAUCUUUGAGUGGCAUGAGGACGAUCCGCACCCUGUGAACAUUCACCACGCCCCGCACAUUUGCGCCAACCCGGACAAGCUGGAGAGGUUCUUGGAGGAACAUACAGUUCCUCCUAUUGGCCCCAUCCUUAAACAUCCGUGGACCGGUACAUAUAACCCUGCUAUCUAUCUUGUAUUUUGGAAAAAGCUAACAACAUUCGCAGGUGAGACUCCUUGGCCGUUUGAAUAG